AUGGCGCGGUCUCUUCCUCAUCCUGACUCCUACCCAGCUUACGCUUUCCUCCAGAAGGACGGGGACCUCCAAAGAAUUACCGUCCCGUGGAGAGACCCUACUGAAGGCGAGAUUGUAGUCAAAAUACUUGCAUGUGGCGUAUGUGGCAGCGAUGAGGCUGCUCGGGGGACGUUCCGGAUCCCCAUCCAGUACCCUCGCAUUCCGGGCCACGAGAUAGUCGGUGACGUCGUUGCUAUCCCCGCAACUGAGAAGAUAUGGACGCUGGGUCAACGCGUAGGAGGCGGCUGGCAUGGCGGCCACUGCCUCAGCUGCUCUCGAUGCCGCGUCGGCGACUACAUCACCUGCGAGAAGAAGACCAUCAACGGGACCUUACGAGAUGGCGGAUAUGCCGAGUACGCAAUUCUGAGGUCUGAGGCUGUUGCCGCACUUCCGGACGACCUGGACCCAGCUGAGGCGGCCCCACUUCUAUGUGCGGCUGUGACCUGUUUCAAUGCUCUACGGCACAUGAACGCGCGUCCGCCAGAUUAUGUCGCUGUCCAGGGUAUUGGCGGGCUGGGUCACCUGGCACUCCAGAUCGCGAAGGCCAUGGGCUUCCGUGUCAUUGCACUGUCUUCUGGUCCAGGAAAGGAAUCGCUGGCUCGCUCCUUGGGUGCACACGAGUACGUCGAUGGCUCAAAGGUGGAUCAAGCAGAGGCACUCCGGGCUCUCGGUGGCGCCAAGGUCAUUAUGUGCACUGCCCCCAGCUCGGAUGCCGCCCAGAAGCUUAUACCUGGUCUCGCUGUGGACGGGACUUUGCUCUUGCUCAUGCUCGAGUCCGAGCCCAUGACAAUCUCGCCGACCCAGCUACUGGGGAAGCGCCUGUCGAUCAGAGGCUGGGCGGUCGGGCAUGCUACCGACAGCGAGGAUUGCGUCGCGUUCGCUCGCACGCACGAUGUAAAAUGCUUGGUGGAGAAGUUCCCCUUGGAGAAAGCUCAGGAGGCUUACAAUCGUCGCUCAUCUGCAAAAUUCCGUGCUGUAAUCGUUCCAGGGCUCACUGCAUGA